GACAUAGGUAAUUUGCAUCGCUGUGGGAAGUGUGGUACUGACGACGAUUGUUUACGACAACAGAAAGUCUUUCUCCAAGAGUAACACGAUGGAUGAGAAAAGUAAUAACCCUAUACUUGCCAAGUACAUGUCUCUUGAUCAAGGUGAUAGCAUUCAAGCCAUGUACAUCUGGGUGGACGGAACCGGCGAGCAUCUCCGCUGCAAAACGCGAACUGUAAGCGAGGAACCAACUAAACCUGAAGAUCUUCCCAUUUGGAAUUUUGAUGGCUCCAGUACAAACCAGGCCGAAGGUUCGAACAGUGAUGUGUAUCUUCAUCCUGUGGCCUUAUUUAGAGAUCCAUUCAGGAGAGGAAAGAACAAACUGGUUCUCUGUGAGACGUAUCGAUUCGACCACAAGCCAACAACAACAAAUACGAGAAAAAGCUGCGUUGACGCUAUGAGUCUCGACCUUGUAAAGGAAGCUGCUCCGUGGUUUGGUAUUGAACAAGAAUACACACUGUUAGACAUGGAUGGACACCCUCUAGGCUGGCCAAAGGGAGGUUUUCCAGGACCACAGGGACCCUAUUAUUGUGCUGUCGGUACAGGAAAGGUUUUCGGCCGAGAUGUUGUGGAAGCUCAUUACCGAGCUUGUUUGUAUGCCGGAGUAAAGAUUGCAGGAACUAAUGCUGAGGUCAUGCCUGCACAGUGGGAAUACCAGGUGGGUCCGUGUGAAGGAAUUCAAAUGGGUGACCACCUUUGGAUGUCAAGAUUUCUGUUGCAUCGUGUUGCUGAAGAUUUUGGAACCACAGUCACUUUUGACCCCAAACCUGUGCCAGGGGACUGGAAUGGGGCAGGAGCUCAUACAAACUACAGUACUGAGCCAAUGAGAAAAGAAGGAGGAAUGAAGUAUAUCUAUGAGGCCAUUGAAAGGCUUUCAAGCAGACAUGACUACCACAUUCGGAUGUACGACCCCAAUGAAGGUGAAGAUAACAAAAGACUUUUGACUGGUCUCCAUGAGACAUCAUCAAUUGAGAACUUCUCUCAUGGAGUGGCUAAUCGAGGUGCUAGUGUGCGUAUCCCUCGUCACUGUGCUGAAGAUGGAAAAGGCUACCUUGAAGACCGAAGACCCUCAUCAAACUGUGAUCCAUACCAGGUCACUGAAGCCAUUGUUAGAACAACAAUCUUGCUUGAAAAGGUAUAAUGCAUUUUGUGGAACAAUGUUUAGUUUAAAAUUUGUUUGUUUCAGCUAUCACAAUGACACUUUUUUUAAUUGUAAAUGUGAAAGAGUCCAUGAUGUGCAUUGCGAAUCAUAAAAGCAAGCAACCAUAUAAUUUACUUGAAAAUGCCUAGAGGCCCACAACAUUAACUAAAUGAAAUGUGAAUUAGAUGAACAGCAAGUUGAAACAUGAAAACCUUAUGCUUUCACAUUGUAGUUCUAUCAAUUGUGGUUCUGAUUGGUUACAAAACACACCAUGUAUGAAAUGAAUAUUUAAAACACAUGCUUCUGUGAUUUGCUGACCAAAAGUGUUUGUGAUUAUUUAAUCUCAUUACAAACAAUGUUUAUUUAAUUGAGAACUUAAUAUAUAGUGCCCACAGAGAUUUUUAUAUUGACAUGGUGAAUUAACAUCAAGCAGUAUAGGUUACUGGAAGGUAAUUUUUUUACUGUGAAACUAAUGAAAAAAUGAACAAAUAAACCAGGUAUUGGAGCAGUUAAGAAAGACAAGCCAAUCUGCAUGAUAAAAAUUAAAAAAAACAAUCAUUGGUUAUUAGUUUGGGAUUUGGUUGGGUGUCCUGAUCUCCAAUGCCAUUGGUCAUAUUGGAGUAUUAUGUUGUUGUGAGUUUGACAGUAGUUGUUAAAUUGAUUCUUGCAAAAGGGUCUACAGUAUCAAUGGCUGCUUAACUUCUGAAUCACUAACUAUUCAUUUUCUCUAGGUUUAAAUUUUUUAUUCAUGAUUGUUUUGAAAAUAAAGGUGGUUUAUCAUUGCA